UCACGAUGCUUGACAAAAAAGUCUAGUAACAAGUUUGCGUAUUUCCUACGGUUGUCCCAGAAAAAAACAGUUCGUCUCAGGAUAAUGGUUUUGGAAAAGUAGAUACUUGGCACGUAUGUAAGCAAUCAGUUCCUGUUAUUGCCCACUGCGUGUAUUGACAUCGUGAGUGUAAAUCGUAAAGACAUAGGCAACUGCGGCCUGCGUCAUUGUAAUACACUGAGCGACGACAGUUGGCGAGUAACUUGUGCAGAUGUUAAUGCAACUCUGUUAACUGUUAGGAUGGAAAGGAGAUUUACUAUAGCUGAACUAUGUGAUAUGCAUUUAAUUUAUGGUGAGGCAAAAGGUGUUGCGAGGGCAGCUGUACGAAUUUAUCGAGAACGCUUCCCGCGACGACGACUUCCUGCACGAAAGACAUUUGCUGCUGUGCACCAAAGAUUGAGAGAUACUGGCUCUUUACUGCCCCGUGCAGAAGGCAGAGGCCCACAACGCGCCGAUCGUACAUUGGAAGCUGAGGAAAGAAUUCUGGACCGCAUCCAGAAGGAUCCUUCUCAGAGUACUAGAAGCAUCGCCCACCACGUGUGUAUAUCGCACACUGUUAUUCAUUGCACUUUACAAGAGGAGCGUCUGCAGCCUUACCACAAUCAACGUGUACAAGCAUUGGAAGAACAAGAUUUCCCUCCACGAUGUGAAUUCUCAGAGUGGUUUUUGUUACACAGUGCGCAGCAUGAUUUUUGUCAACAAAAUACUCGCCACAUAGUGGCAACACAUUUUCAGCGACGAUUUUCCGUAAAUGUGUGGGCGGGUAUGCUCAAUAAUUACAUUAUUGGGCCCUAUGUUUCACCUGCACGUUUGACUGGUAACUAUUACCGAAAGUUUCUAGAGGAAAAAUUGUUACCAAUGUUGUUAGAAGACAUUCCGUUAGGCAUACGUUAUAACAUGUGGUUCCUCCACUAUGGUGCUCCACCCCACAAUGGUCACAGAGUACACAGAUUUUUGGAUAGUUGAUUUCCAAGGACGAUGGAUCAGGCGUUCGGGUCCACGUCGACGGCCAGCACGCAGCCCUGAUUUAAAUCCACUGGAUUUUUACUUUUGGGGCCAUAUGAAGGAACUUGUUUAUGCUGAGCCAGUAAAUAAUGUGGACAAAUUGACGCAGAAGAUUUUAGAUGCUGCCAAUACCAUAAAGGCCAAUGUGCAUGUGUGUGAACGAGUGCGACGAAACUGGGAUCGCCAAAAUGAAGCAUGUGUAGAAGCGAAUGGUGGUCAAAUGGUUCAAAUAGCUCUGAGCACUAUGCGACUUAACUUCUGAGGUCAUCAGUCGCCUAGAACCUAGAACUAAUUAAACCUAACUAACCUAAGGACAUCACACACAUCCAUGCCCGAGGCAGGAUUCGAACCUGCGACCGUAGCAGUCGCACGGUUCCAGACUGAAGCACCUAGAACCGCACAGCCACACCGGUCAGCGAAUGGUGGUCAUUUUGAACAUUUAUUGUAGUAUUUUUGUAAGAGGAAAUGAAGUAAUGGGUUUUCAUUUUGUCACGAUGUUGUUGUACAGAAGGAAAAUAAUGUGAAUUUAGUAUUCG